AUGGGCGAAUCCGUCACUCCUCGUCGCAUCUCCGUCCAUCAAGCUCUUGGCGCCGGUCCAGUGGCCGAUGUGUUGUUAUGGAAGAGAUGGUAUGCAAGUGUUGGUGUUCUAGCGUCAGUGACAACUCUGUGGAUCUUAUUUGAGAAAGCUGGUUACAAUUUGUUAUCGUUUGUGGCUAACGUGUUGUUCCUUCUUGUUGUUAUUCUCUUCUUUUGGGCUAAAUCUGCUUCCCUUCUCAAUCGGCCGUUACCUCCACUUCCAAAUUUGGAAAUUCCUGAGGGGAUUGUUCCCAAGGCAGCUGGUGUGAUUCACGUGUAUGCCAAUUAUGCAUUGUCGAUUGCGCACAAAAUCGUGAUUGAUAAGAAUUUGAAAGUUUUCCUUCAGGUUGUUUCUGGUUUGUGGGUAGCAUCUUAUAUUGGUAGUCUCUGCAACUUCCUCACUCUUGUCUACAUUGGGGUUCUUCUCAGUCUCUCAGUUCCUUUGGUAUAUGACAAGUACCAGCACCCCAUUGAUGAAAAGCUAUGUUUAGCCCAUAAAAUAAUUCAAGCACAGUACAGGAAAUUUGAUGAUGCCGUCUUGAAGAAGAUUCCACUGCCAUCAAACAAGGAAAAGAAGACUCAGUAG